AUGCCGCUGGUGAAGAGGAACAUCGAGCCCCGGCACCUGUGCCGGGGGGCUCUUCCCGAGGGGGUGACGAGUGAGCUGGAAUGUGUCACCAACAGCACGCUGGCUGCCAUCAUCAAGCAGCUGGGCAGCCUCAGCAGGCACGCGGAGGACAUCUUCGGCGAGCUGUUCAAUGAAGCCAACAGCUUCUACAUGCGGAUGAACUCGCUGCAGGAGAGGGUGGACCUGCUGGUCAUCAAGGUGACGCAGCUGGACUCCACCGUGGAGGAAGUUUCACUGCAGGACAUCAACAUGCGGAAAGCCUUCAAGAGCUCCACGGUGCAGAACCAGCAGGUCGUGUCUCGCAACUCCAUCCCCAACCCGGUGAUGGAGAUGUACCAGCGCUGCGACAAGCCUCCCCCACUCAACAUCCUCACGCCCUACAGGGAUGACAAAAAGGACGGCCUCAAAUUCUACACCGACCCCUCCUACUUCUUCAACUUAUGGAAGGAGAAGAUGUUGCAGGCGACAGAAGAUAAGAGAAAGGAGAAGCGCAGGCAGAAGGAGCAGCGGCUGGUGGAGGAUUCCACCCGGGAGGUGAAGAAAGUGAGGAAAGCCCGCAACCGACGCCUGGAGUGGAACAUGAUGGCGUAUGAUAAAGAGUUUCGACCCGAUAACAGGUUCUCACCAUCCCCCUAUCACAUGGCGUCAUCGGAAGGAUCACUGUCCCCAGAUAAUAGGUCUUACGCGUCGGACGCGGCCGACCACUCGUACCCGCAGCCCCACGUGCCGCAGCCCCCCGAGGCUAUCCUCAACGGGCCGAGACCUCACUUGGUCAAGGAUUAUGG